UGCGGUCCUGAUGUAUAUAUACAUAUAUAAAGUGGUGGCGUGGCAUCUUUCACGCUAUAUAAGCCGAUCUUGCACUGUGGCCGAUACUUCAUUACCCGAUAAGUAUUAUCCGAUCGUCACAUCAGAGUGUGGCGGCAGCGGGCACUGAGCUAAGAGUGUUUAAAUCCAAGAUAUUCCGAGAUUUCCGAGCCCCAGAGAAGAAGAAGCAGCAGCAGUGUGCCGUUAAUCCUAGCAGUCACGCACCAGCAGUGUGAGGGAGAGUACAGGGUUCAGUCCACUGUGCUUUUUUAUUCUCCCAGGACACGACUACGCCAGUAUGGUCGCGGUCAAGGGCAGGAAGAGCUCCAACAAGAACCCGCCGAUUCUCAGCCACGAGUUCGUCAUCCAAAAUCAUGCGGACAUUUUUUCCUGCGUGGCGAUGGUCUUCGUCGUUGGUCUUAUGGUUCAGGCGACAUCACCAUGGGCCUACACCUUCAUUGCUCUUCACCACAAUGCUACAUCUCUGAUUUCAAUCGAUGGUACAUUGCCUCCUCAGCCAACCAAGUAUACAACUGGAUGGAAGGACGCUUGUGCAGUUUUCUUUUAUUUUCUCAUCACAGUUAUCUUGCAUGCUGUUAUUCAAGAAUACUUUUUUGAUAAAAUAUCAAAACGCCUCAAACUGAGCAAAAGUAAGCUAUCUAAAUUCAAUGAGUCGAGCCAGUUAGCUGUCUUUUAUGCUAUUUCUGUGAUUUGGGGGAUUGACAUCAUUAUAAGAGAAAACUUUAUUCCCAAUGUAUCUCUACUGUGGAGUGAUUAUCCAGCUCCAAUGUCGUUUUCUCUUAAAUUAUUUUUCAUUGGUCAAUUGGCCUAUUGGUUUCAUUGUUAUCCAGAAUUGUACUUCCAAAGAGCUAAGAGAGAAGAAAUUCCCAGUAGAAUUGUUCAAGCAACUAUUGGCUUAGUAUUUACAACUGCUGCUUACAUUUUAAAUUUCCAACAAGUUGCCCUCGUUUUAAUAGUUCUUCAUCAUGCUGGGGAAGGUCUCACACAUAGUGCUAAACUGAUUCAUUUUGUGGAUCAAAAAGAAAAGUCAUCCAAAGCGGCAUUUAUGUUGGCCAACACGGUGUACGUUGCUGCUAGAAUUUUGUCGGUUUUAACUGCAGCCCUUGUUUUUAUUUAUGGUUUGGGACAGUUUGAAGGAGUUUUAAGCGUUAAUGAAGGACACUUCAACAUUCCGCCCGUUCGAUUUUCUGCGUUUGGAGCCGUUGUUUUAUUCCAACUUUAUUUGGCAUACAUUUUCUUAAAGUACCAGCGUAAACGUUCAAAAGAAAUCGAGCCUCCAGUUCAAAAAGCUAAAGUAAUUAAACAAAAACCCAAGAAAAAAGAAGUAAACAAGAAAUCUGGUGGUUCCGAAGAUGAUGCCGACUCAGAUCAAGGGGCAAAGAAAAAUCUCCGACCAAGACCUGCUGCUGCGAAAACGAAAUAAAUUGUUCCUCCUCGUCAUUUGUCCAAAAAUUCAUUUUCACAAUGGAUGAAAGUAGAAGAACGUUUCGUCAAGACUUUUCGUGACAUCUUUUUUCUUCCAUUCAUAAAUGUACGACGAUAUUUUGCAUAACAAGACUUGAAUCGAAAAUAAGCAUAGCAUGUUAUCAGGUGAAAUUAUUGCUGCAUCGAUGGUGCAAGCUCCUGCCUGAAACCGCGUUAGAUAUAUACGUUUAUAUACAUAUAAGAUUAUAUUUGACAAUUGAAAAAUAUGAAUCUACACAUUCAUGUGUGUGAGUAUAUUUAUAUAAAUAUAUUUUUAAUAAUAUUGAACAGAGGUUUUGAAGCGCUAGCGCUAGCUGUUUUUCCAGUUUAUUCUUGUUUACUUAAUGACAUAUCUUUUCAUGCAAAUUGUGCAAUAGAUUUUUAUGCGAAACAAAAAAAAAAAAAUCAAAUCUUUUAGAGUAUAAAAAAAUACACGCUUUCAAUUUUUUUA